CUCCUCCUGAGCUCUAACCUCUGGGUUUCUAAGUGUGUUUGCUCGAAACUGGGAAAGUCGCCCAGUCCUCGCCUGCAGCCUGAGCUCCACCUGGGACAGCAGGCUGCGAUAAUUCACCUCCCAGCUCUGCGGUAGAAAUGAUCCGGACGGAAGAAGUCCUCGGCGGGCUGGACGCUGGCAACACUUUGGGCUCUUUUCGGUUCUCCCACUUCACGGUUGUGUCUUUGUUUUAGCUAGCGACGCGUUAGCCGCUUCCGCAAAACAACCUUCGCACAGGUUAUGUGGUUUCAAUAUAAAUGGAGCAUAGCCUGGUUUCUACUGUGCUUCUCCGUCUGUGCUACAGGAUCCGUGACCCCUAUCCAUUACAGAAAAUCAAGAUGAAGACAUGGAGAUAACAUUGCUGACUCUGGAUCGUCGUUUCUCCGUUUGAGUGGAUUCAGCUUCGAACAUGCACACAUAGACCUAUAAACUAUAUUUGACAGAGUUUGUGUGGAGAUAAGAGGACGCCGAUCUUUUUCAAACACAGGAAUUUGGACUGAGCUUCCUCAGAAAAUGGCUACAACAGAAACCAAAGUUGCCGGCAGCGGCAGCGCUGCAGGUCUGUCGUGGGCACGUGUCUGUAAGGAGUGUGGCCAGCAGCACGAGGGCCCGGACAGCCACCUGUACGAGUACCAGGACGAGGUGGAUGAUGAACUGGUUUGCCACAUUUGUCUGCAGCCCCUGCUCAGACCUAUGGAUACACCAUGUGGCCACACUUACUGCUUUCACUGUCUGAGCAACUUCUUGAAGGAGCAGGACUUCUGCCCUGUGGACCGCCAGCGGCUGCAGUUGCAUCAGUGUCGCCCCUCCAGCCUGCUGGUCAGGAACCUGCUGGACAAGCUGACAGUCAUGUGUCCUCACAAUGCAGAGUGCCAGCAGCAGAUGCAACGCUGUGAACUGCAGCCUCACCUGCACAACAGAUGUCCUGUUUUUAGAAGACUCAGAGAGGAGGCAGAGAAGAGGAAGAGGCCCUCGUGGAAUGAAUUAAAAGGACGUAAAGGUGAUGGGGAGACGUCUGAAGAUGCUAAACAUUCAGCGACACAGUCUCGAAAUCACGCCCGCGAUCAGCCUGGCCUUAUUAAUCCUGCCUAUGAGGAAAGUGAGGACGACAACACCCCCCUGCGAUCCAGUCUGGUGGCCGAGGCCAACGUGGUGGAGCUGUUCAGAGACGAACCGGAGGAGGAGCUGGGCCUUCGCAUCGUUGGGGGGAAAGACACACCGCUAGGAAACAUAGUCAUCCAGGAGAUAGUCCGAGACUCACUAGCUGCUCGUGAUGGCAGACUGGCCCCAGGGGACCAUAUUUUAGAGGUGAAUGACGUCAGUUUGGCUUUAGUUCCUCACGCCCGGGCCAUCACAGUGCUGCGGCAGCCUGCCCUCCUCAGGCUCACUGUUAUGCAGGAGAAAGGUUUCAAAUUAAGGGAUCAACGGUCGGAUCAUCACCUGUCCACUCCCGCCACUUCCACUGCCUCCCAACCCUCUCACAGUCCCCACGGCAACGCUACCUCCAAUCACAACCCCGGCACGGUCCUGCAGGUGACGCUGAUGAAGAGUCAGCGCACAGAACCGCUUGGCAUCAAACUCAUCCGCAAGUCAGAUGAGAGCGGGGUUUUCAUCCUGGACCUGCUGUCCGGUGGUUUGGCAGCCAAGGACGGAAAACUGAGGAACAACGACAAAGUGUUGGCCAUCAAUGGACACGACCUGAGGCACGGGACGCCUGAGAGCGCCGCCCAGAUCAUACAGGGCAGUGAGGUGCGUGUGAACUUUGUGGUGAUGAGACCUGCAGAGGCUCAGGAGGAAGGUGGAAGCAGCAGAGAUGGUCAACACAGCCGAGCAUCCAGGAGGGCGCCGGAGCCACAGUACUUCAGGCGCCGGUCCACCUACAUGAAGGAUCCUCCAGGUGGGUUUUCUAGUCAGGAGAAGACUGUGAGUCUGAAGAAGGAGCCUCGGCUUUCGCUUGGCAUCACUAUUGCAGGAGGGAGGGAUUGUCGCAGUCGCCUGCCCGUUUACAUCACGAGUGUGCAGCCUGUUGGCUGUCUGCACCGAGAUGGUACCAUCAAAAGAGGCGACGUUCUGCUGAGCAUCAAUGGGGUUGAUCUGACCCAGCUGACCUACAAUGAGGCAGUUUCUGUGCUGAAGGCUCAGACAGCUCAGUCCCAGGUGGUGCUCCGUGUCAUUCAGACCCUCUCUGAGGACUCCGAGGACGACACUGAAGCUGGCAGCAAGGAGGAACUCGACUUUAUGGACGACCCGCGAGACGACGCCCUCAACUGGACACCGCUGUGGACUCGCUGGCUGGGAUUACCAAGUCACAUGCACUGGUGUCGGGACGUCGUCCUGCAGAAGACAAACAACGAGAGCUGGGGCUUCAGUAUCGUCGGGGGCUAUGAGGAGAGUCACGGGCAGCAGCCCUUCUUCAUUAAAACCAUUGUGCCUGGUACACCUGCUCACUUCGACGGGCGCCUCAAGUGCGGUGAUGAGAUUGUUGCGGUAAACGGAGCUACAACUGUGGGAAUGAACAACUCCUCUCUCAUCCCGAUGCUCAAACUGCAGAAGAAUAAAGUCACACUGACGGUAGUGUCUUGGCCGGGGAGUCUAGUGUAACAAAACACACUUUCUCUUUCCCGUUUCUUCUUUUCUUUGUCACUCUUUUAGUUGAGCACACACGCGUUGCCCUGUUUAUGUGCAUUCUUCACUGGGACGCUCGCUGUCCUUUCCUUAUGUAACUCGUUUGGUCACAUACUUUCUUAAUGUUUAUGAUCAGUUGUGUUACACAGAACACGUGUGAACUUAAAGAGCCAUGCCAUGUAUGACAGAAAUGACAGAAACUCACAGAGGAGUUGAUUGCACUAUCAGGGUGCAAAAAUGACGACAAUCAGUGAAUUAUAUGCUAAGGACAAACUGGAAGGAUUGUUAUUUUUGAUCCUGUUUUAAAGCUGUGUGGAUAUUUACCAGUUCAAUAUUGUAUUAUUUGAUUAUCAUGAUUCACAUAAACAGUGUACAAAGAUGAAAUACAGUGAAUAUAUGUUGUAAUGAGGACUUACUGAUGACAGAAUGGCUGCUGACUAUAAACUAAUGCCAAAGACAGAAAAUCUUGCUGACAAAUGUGAUAUAAUCAAGAGUGAUACAGAGUGAUAUAACCUCUGUAAACUGAAUCAAGUGGACAAUAAGAAUAAAAUCAGCUACAGCCACAGCGUGUUGUAGAACGAGACUGUUAACUGGAGGGUUUUGUGGAGAUGGGAAGGUUCAUUUUAAAGUGUCAGAAUCUAAAAAUAUUUGACAUCCAGUCCUGUUGAAGUCAUAAAAAUAAACUUAAUCCCUUCUAAAAUUAACACAGAUCACUUUAUCAGAGUGGAACUGGAGGUAAAUGGCUCAGGUACCAAAUUUAUAUGUUUGAUCUACAACAAGAAAUAAACUUGACAAAAUCUGAGCUGUUCUACAUAUGCUGUUAAAUUCAAAAUCAUAAAUGCUGUUAAUCUGUAAAUGAAACAUUUAGCAGCUUUUGAUAUAUUAAUUGAAUGAUACACGUUCCUAUAUCGGCACUCUGUAUAUAUUUUCAAAUGAUAAAAUGGCUCGUACUGAAUGACUCUAAUAAGCCUAAUGCCUUGCAGAUAUUGAAGGACAAACCAGAAUGUAUACUUGCCUUAAAUCGCCACUGUACCAAAAAUGUGCCCCCUCCCCCACCAUUAUUUCCUUUCGUUAUGUACUGAUUAUUUUGUAGGAAGGAGAAUGGCCUUGUUCAGAUACAUUUGUGUCAACACAUUCCCAGUGGCCUUGCUUGUGUCUUAAUGGAUGCAGGACUUACUGAACAAUUCAGAGUGGCUGUGAAAUACGAAUAUACAGCAGGUGGUGUGUGUAAGCCUGUCCACUGUUACAUUAUGUUCAAUAAAAUCAUAUCAAAUCA